UUAGUAAAUUAGUGAAUGUCACUUUUUGUCAUUUUCAAAUUUCCCACCGUUCUGUCCCCGUACGUCCCGACGUUGCAGGGGACGGAACCCAGAAGACAGAUGCCGGCAUCCGCCGGAGGACAUUGCUGGCGACACUGCAGGAGGAACAUCGCGGGAGUGCAGGACAAGGUAAGAGAAGAACAGAUCCUGGAGCAGCGCCGCAUGGUAAGCCCGAGUGUAGCUCGGGGUUACCGCUUGUGGUACUGAAACUUUACCCCGAGCUACACUCAGAAUACCUCCAUGGAGGGAGGUUAAGUUGAAUGGGUUGUUUUACAUGUUUACACAUACAUUUCCGCAUGUACUUUAACAUGAAAAAAUAAAUCUUGGUUCCAGGUCCACUUAAAGUAAAUUGAAUCAGUUUCUGAAUGG